AUGUGGAUUAAACUAUUAUUCUUUUUCACUACUCUGCUAGUAUCCACAAGUGGUCUGGGGGACGAUGGAAUCACAGCUCUUCUUGACCCCAACUCUACAGAAUUUUCAACGGUGUUACCGUCUAACAAUUCUGAGAAAUUUAGCUACAUGUUAGCAUCUGUGAAAAACAUGAACAUGACAGCCUCCGAAUUUGAAGAGUUCAUAAAAGUACUCAAACAUAGGCAAUCUAAAGAUCAUUCUGGUGAGCACGUUGGUAAUGAGCACGAUGAAUCACAUGGAAUCAGUGUUGUGUCUUGGCAUUGGGACUACGUGAAAAACGAGUUGGUGCUCACCCUAUUUUUCAUCGUUAUCGGUCUUUUUAAACUUGUAUAUCACCACACCUUUGUCACUAGAAAAAUUCUUCCCGAAUCAUGUUGCUUGAUCUUUAUUGGCAUUGCUAUUGGAUUCUUUUUUGUUGGAGAUGCGACUCACGCGUCUAUCAAAUUCCUGGAAUUCAAAUCGAAAGUGUUCUUCUUCUACCUCUUGCCUCCAAUUAUUCUGGAAUCUGCUUACUCUUUAAAGGAUAGAGCAUUUAUUGAGAAUAUUGGAACUAUCCUUCUCUAUGCUGUUGUGGGAACAAUUUUGAACAUUGUUCUGCUAGCAGCUGCACUUUUGAUUUUGAUUUGGGUUGGAAUAAUGGGAAAAUACAAUCUCAGUGUCAUGGAUAUCCUGACAUUCGCAUCACUUGUAGCAGCAGUAGAUCCUGUGGCAGUUCUCGCAGUAUUCCAAGAAGUUGGAGUUAACAAGAUGUUGUAUUUCAUGGUGUUUGGAGAGUCAUUAUUUAAUGAUGCCGUUACUAUUGUUUGUUAUAAUCUUGCUAUUGAAUUCCAAACACUUCCGGAUUUUACAUGGUAUCAUGGAUUCCUAGGAUUAUUGUCAUUUUUGUGCGUGUCAAUUGGUGGUUUGAUUAUUGGAUUAAUUUGUGGUGCAAUUUCCUCAUUUGUAACAAAGUUUACAACAGAUGUUCGAGUUGUCGAACCAGUUGUCUUGUUUGGAAUGGCUUACCUUGCUUAUCUGGGAAGUGAAAUGUUCCACUUUUCUGGAAUUAUUGCACUGAUUGCCUGCGGAUUGUUUCAAACUCAUUAUGCCUGUUGUAACAUCUCGUAUAAAUCUUUCACAAGUGUGAUGUACAUAACAAAAGUUUGCAGUACACUUUGCGAGUCGCUUAUUUUUAUUAUUCUCGGAGUUAUGCUUGUAAAUGAAAGGGAAUGGUUUUGGACAGACUGGCAUCCUGUGUUCUCUGCAGUUUCGGUUGUGCUCUGUGUUGUUGUGAGAUUUGGAGUCACAUUUUUCUUAACCUAUUUUGUCAAUCAAUUUACGGGUGGUGUGCGACAUAUUUCUUUUCAAGAGCAGUUCAUUAUGUCAUACGGAGGCCUUCGUGGUGCCGUGUCUUUCUCCUUGGUUUUUAUGAUAUCUGCAAACCCAGAUGUCAAGAACACAAUGCUUGGUGCAACGUAUGCAGUUAUCCUUUUCACCAACAUCAUCCAGGGUUCUACGAUCAAACUAUUUGUCAAAUGGCUAAAUAUUCGUUUGGCUAAAAAAGAAGAUCACUUCCGUCUUUUCAUUGAGUUUAACAAUGGCAUGGUGCAGCAUUUAUCGCAAGGAAUCGAAGACUUGUGUGGUGACAAGAGUUUAAGCCUGAUUAACAGAAUGAGUGAACUUUCUAAAAAAUAUGUUCGGCCUCUCCUCGAGAAAAAUUAUACUGCUAAUAAAGCUAAGAAAGAAGGAAAAUUGGUAGAACUCAACAGAGCAGUUGCAAUGCGAGAGGCGCUGAACAACAGUCCAUCACAAAGUUCAUUCCAAAGACAGCACACAAUUGAUGAGAUGGCGGAAAGCGGAGCUUUACCACACGACUUAUUGGAUGAAGAGCACCAGGGACACCAUCAUCACGGACAAGUGCACCCAGACAAUGAAGAUGCUGACCAGCGUGCAAAUGAGCUUAUCAAAGACGUGUCUUCUAUUCGUCAGCUCAUGCACAAUCCAUUCGAAGAUUGCUACCUGGACCGCAAUUUGACACACGAGGAGGAAAAAGAGCAAGCACGAUUGAAAAUGAAAAAGACAAGAGCAUUCAAAUUUUCUUCAGUAAGGAAAACAAUAGGAUUCUUUGGAAAAAAGAAGUCAGUUCGCAGACAUGCCACUCAACAAGGCAUCCUUCACUCUGCAAUUGCAACCAUCGGAGUACAAUCAGUUGAUCGACCAUCAACGUCAACUCGAGUAAGUGUGGAAGAUGAGGAGCAGGGUUUGACAAUGAAAGAAAUGGAAGAGGAACACCCACUUAUGACAAUCACAGAAAGCGAAGAGACAAGCUUCUGAUCUACCAUUUAUCCAACUAAUUGUAAUUUAUUAUUUUCUUUGUUUUUCACAUUUUGCGCCUUCCCAUUAUCUUCUAAUUUUUAUUUCACGUCAUUCAUGUUUAAAUUUAUAUGAACUAAUAAGUUCCGCUUUUUGAAAAAGACAAUACAAAUUUGAAUAAACAAAAGUUUCCCC